CCUUCUUAAUUAUCGUUAAUUUACCAACAAGCUAAGCUAUAGAAAAUGUUCGCAACAUGUAAAAUAUACAUUUUACAUGGUGAUACAAACGUCAGAAAUCUCAGAAAAGGAACUGUUUGCUCUUUAAAAUUAUGGAUAUUUUAUCCUUAGCCAAAAAAAAAAAAAAAGAAAAGAAAAAUAAAUUAAAAAAAUAACCUAUUCUCUUUUAAAGCAAUAUGAGCUGCAUUUUUCAUGUUGAAUUCUUUUUUUUACUAAAAUGUUUUUUCUUCUAAAAUGACAAAAAUAACAUAGUUUUUAAAUUUCUGUUAGCCAUAUUUUUGUAUAAAAGGUCGCUAAGAAGCCUUAAUUGGAACAAAGAAGAAUUAUUGUUGUCCUGUACAAAAACUGAUUUGCUAUAUAUUCAUAUCCAAUGUGUGCUGAGUCUUACAAAUUAUGCUGGCUUUCCACAAAUGUGGUCACUUAGGUCAACGUUGGGAUUUAAAAUGGCGGAUAACAAAUUGUUAACUCGUCUUAUAUUUCUAAAAUGGACAUAAAGCGUGAGACAAACAAUGAAUAUUCAGUCCAGCUACGUUUUUAAUCAUAACUUAGGUGUGGCUAGUACGGAAUAAUAUGCCAUUUUCAAGAAAAUGUCGUAAAUUAUCCUAAAAAAAUGGCGAUUCAUAACGGUGGACAUCCAGAUUUAAUAUUUUUUUCUUUAGUUUCUUAAAUGGUGAAAAAGCACGAAACAAGCAAGUAUUAUCUUUUAAAAUAAAUUUUCAAAAAGGAGCGAUCCUGUGACGCAAGCAGAUGAAGAAACUUUUUGUGAUACCGGUGUUUUUCCCUUUUAAUACGGCCGAGGGAAUAUUUAAACGCUGUGUUCUAUUACAAUGGAAAAGCAUUCGGAUUUGGAGGGAUGGAGUGGCAUAAAAACAUAAAAACGCAGAGCAAUACGAGAUAAAAACUGACCCUGAAAACAAAUUGAAAUACAUUCAAUUUACUGCUAGAGUUUCCAAAAAAAACAUACAGGGAACGCUAAAACAUAAAAAUGUAGAAAAUCAAAUUGUUCAACAAUACGAACAACCGUCCAAUUCUCGGUGUUUAGAAACACUGUUCUCAUUUUACUUAUCGUUGAUUCCCCGCGUUGGUCCAUUCUACAGAAAAACGUUGAUUGAAAGUGUCAUUUCAAGUGGUGAAAACAAAGUCCCGCGAUUCAGUGCUGGAAAAAUUCCAAUAAACAAAUUAUCUACAAUGUUUAAGAAAUUUUAUGAGGAAGCCGGAAAUUCCUUAGAUGGUCGCAUUAUUACAAAUCCCUCCGGGAGGGUAACUCUAUGCACAACACUAUAUAAUAGUGAUUUUAAUGACAAAGCUGUAGCCAGCAGAAGUGGUCAUCGUUCUAACGCCAUACAAAAAUAUCAAAGGUAACAAUAUCCUAUUCUUAAGGAAAUAAGCAACACUCUUGCUCCUCUUAUGGCAAAGACAGAUGACAACCUCUUAAAACGUUCCUCACAGAGACAACCCUGGAUUCCGAUACGUCUGUGCUUGACGAUGCAUGUGUAUUUUUGUCUGUGCCGAAAUGUGUCAAAAAGGUUAUAAUUCAAAAAGGUGAUAACAAAAAUUACUGUGGAAAUUUAAAACUAAAAUGUGCAAAUUGUAUUGCAAAUUUAAUAAAGAAUAAAACAAUUGUAUUUGUACUACUUGUAUAUAACUUUGAGUGUUGGGGAUAAAUUAUAUAAAGUAACGCCCAUUUACUGCUUCUUGAUAUUGAACGGACCAAUCAAAAACUCUUUAGUAUUUCAGAAAAAGAUUCUUCGCCAUUAAGAAUGAAUUAUUUACGAGAAUCGGAGUCAUUUGAUUGGAUAAAGACUUGGUUAUGUUCUAAGUGGAGCGACAGCAGCUCUUGGGGUCAAUUAUAAUACCAGAUAUCUUCUUAAAGGAUACAUACUAUGUUAAGCAGGAGUGACACCAAUAAUUAAUGUUCUUCAAGCAUGAAGCCUACCAAUCUGGCGUUCCUUGUGUUUGGUAUCACGGGUAUGCUUCUUGUUUUUAUUCUGGGAUAUUUUUCAUCGUCAGAAAAAAUAUAUUUCACUGAUGUUCAUCCACAUAUAAAGAACAGUGACACACAAACUACUUCAUUUAAUGCUGAAUCAAAUUCCAUCAAUAACAAAACUUUGGUAAUCUUGUGGUACAACCUUCCAUUUUAUUUAAAGUCUUCAGUGACAUAUUUUCCAGCGAACAAGUGUAGCAAUUUUAGAUCUACCUGUAUAUUAUCAACCGUUAAUUCUGAUAUACUUAGAAGUAGUGGUGUUAUCUUCACUCAUUCAACUCUGCCAAGAACUCCUCCCAUGAGGAAUACAUCUCAAGUCUGGAUUUUCAAUACUCUGGAAAACAAAGCAUUCACACAUUGGCCAAAUAGCGCUUGGGACUAUAAAUUCGAAUGGACCAUGUCUUAUCGUAGAAAUGCUGACGUUUCAAGACCAUAUGGCAAAAUUAUAAGACUGGACAAAAGUAUACAUAGAAAUUAUUCUGAGGUUUUUCGACAGAAGACAAAAUUCGGUGUUUGGAUGUCUGGUCACUGCCCUGUCCCAUCUCGUCGUAAAGAAUACAUUGAAAAAUUACAGAAGUACAUAGAUAUUGACACGUUUGGAUCGUGUGGGAAGAAGAAGUGUGGGAAGAAGAAGUGUGGGACUCGAACUCCUGCUAUGAAUGAUUGUUUGAAGAAUUUCUCUAGGGAUUAUAAGUUUUAUUUCUCCUUCGAGAAUAAUAUUUGUAGAGAUUACUCCACAGAAAAAGUAUUUAACUUCUAUCAAUACAAUUUGAGCAUCAUACCAGUUGUAAAUGGUCCACCUCAAGCACGUGAAUAUUUACCAAAGGGAACUUUCAUAAACACUUUCGAUUUUACGUCUCCGGAAAAAUUGGCCAAAAAACUUAAAGAAAUUGGAUCCAGUGAAAAAUUAUAUACUCAAUACCUGAGAGAAAAAGAUAAAUAUGGUUCUUUAAAUAUCUCUGAAAUAUUUCGCGAGUCAAUGUGUUCUGCUUGCAAAAAGCUAGAUCAACUAAAGGGUAGAAACAUAAUAACAAAACCGAAAGUGAUUGACGUGUUUAAAAGUGAAUGUUAAAUGACCAUACAUUAUAACUGAUUGUUAACAGUUCUAGUAAACAUUUGGAGGGAAAACUCUCACUAACAUCAUGAACUCAUCCUUAUAGUUUCUUUAUUAUUUCUAACAUUUUAAUUAAUCGCUAAUUCCCUGAAUUUAUUAAUAAAACAAUUUGAUGCUCGAAAGGACUUUAUUUGAUAUGGGCCUAAAAUGGCCCCCCAAAAUGAUCAUCGUCAAUUUACUGUAAUUCUUUCAUUUCUUUGUACAGAUAUAUAUGUGUAGUUUUUACAUAAUGUCCAUUUUGAUUCAACUGCCCACAAUUUAGAAAUAUGACGUCGUAAAGACAACCUUUUCCCGCCCUUUUUGCAUUUGUAGCAUACAUUUCAGAAGACAUAGAGCGCGUGCUUGUACAAACAAAGUAUUUUAACCAGAGAUGUAUCUAGCCAAGGCUAAUAAGUGAUAAACAAAAUUUCCUUGAUCAUGCAUGCGCUCUUUAUUUCCCAUUCAUAAAAAUAUUAGAAAAAUGUCAAUUUUUGGCUGAUUUUGAUUGAAUUAUAAGAAAUAAUGUCACUUCUGACGUCAUAUAAUGCCAGUGAGUGCAAAUAAAACAAAUAAAAAGGUGAACAAUAUAUUUUACUUCAACACCUCUAAAACAUAACAUAACAAUAUGUAACAUUUUAUUGUACCAGAAAUUAUGGGGUCAAAUUGAACUUUUAUUAUACGGUUUUUUAUAUUAUUUUUAAGCUUGUAUGCUAAUUUUUCUUGCAAA